GUGGUAAACUCACACCAACCUCAGUAACACGAAAUUGACGGGGUGAAGGUGGACUGGGACAAUGUCGCUAAGGUGUAAUAAAAACGUGAAGUGCAAUGAAAGAUGAGAAGUCGUGCAUUUUGGAAUCGAUUGGGAAACAAAUCGAUGUUGAUGUGAUAAUCCACAAAGAAAAACAGGAAAUAUAUGGAAAAAGCGAAGCAAGAAUGUCACACUGGAUAAUACGGCGGUCACAAGAAACUUUCAUUUACUCCUCUAAACUCUUUGGAAUUCGUGGCCUUUGAUCCCAAGGUCAGUGGAUGAUAUCAUUUGUGGUCAAGAAAUAAAGACUAUGCAACAAAUCUGCCAU